GUGAAAACCAGUGUGUGUGCAUGUGUGUAUGUACGUGUUAGAGAGAGCCUCUUUACGAUCACGGUCCGCGAAGGCCAGUCUUAUCGUCCGCACGAUGGCUCGCGUAUCGUCACUGUUAUGUCUCAUCGUGCUGCCACUCAUCACUCUAUACUCUAUAUCUCAUGUAAAUGCAACCAUUUUUGUGCCUGAAGAAAUUCCUUCUUUGUUGUCGGUAGUCUACAGUAAUAUGCCACCGAUUAAAAAAGGUACGGACUCGAAACUGGGUGUGGGGUUCCGAUUGGGUCCGAACGCAGACGUGCAGUUCCAGUUAGAACUCGGACCGCAGACCAACACGUUGCCGAUCGGCGGCAGUGCCGCCUCAGCACCCGCAGUUGCAAAUAAAAGACACGCGACUGUAGGACAGGGCAGUGACUCAAGCGGUGGAAAGCCAAAGGACUGGUUGAAUGCGUGGCGGUUGCAGAUGAGCCCUGGAUACGUGGCUGACGAAAGCAAUAACGUGGUCUCAGGCGAAGUUGCGGGUGGCAGCGUCGGUGACGGGUCCUCGGACGCGGUGGCGCACCUUAGACAGUUGUACAAACCACAACCGAUGACCGCGUAGUUGGGACACCACGCUAUUAAUUAAUUAUUAUUUUAAUUUACACCGAAUGAUAUUUAUUUUUUUCUAUUACCCCCUUUGUUUUGUACACGCAGUAUAGGUUGGUAUUCAGCCACUUUAGGUAUUUAUUAGUAUUGUUAGUGAUAUUUUUGUUGUGUAUAUAUUACGUAUGUAUAUUAGAAUUCUAAUCGAACGACCACUUGUAAUAAAUAAUUAUUUAAAAAAAAAAACUUGGAUAUCUAAUGAAUGGGCCUAAAAAUACUGAGACCAUCACUGGUUAUUCUAUUGAUUUAUUAUAAAUCAAUAAUCCCGCAUUCAUAAUUUGGCUUUAUCGAUUGAUAAACCGUUGUGUAACAACUUGCUAAUCGUCUCUUUAUUAAUACUGUAAUUGACAGUAUUUGGACUGUGAGGCAUUGAUCCGAAUGCACCAACACAUUCAAACGGUCAACGUUUUACCUAACAUGCACUAUUUUAAGGGCCCCUGACUUCGUGUGGUCUUGCACCGAUUUUGGUCCUAACUGUUGCAAAACACGUAGCUCAUAUUAUAUGCACAUUCAUGCAUAUAUUAAUUUAUGACAUAUAGCUUAGAAAAAUAUUAUUCUUAGCCUAUACACAAAUGUAUAGUAUUUUAUAAAAUAAGAGGAAAAAAUAGAAAGUUUCAAACCGAAUAUCUUAUUUUUUAUUCUAUGAUGUUUGAUUGAUUGACAAUUUAUCAUUGUUUUAGAUUGAUUUUUAUGCUUAUUUUAAUUGUUUUUAAUAUCGUAUAAUUUAAUUUCCUUUUAUGCUCUCAUUUUGUUAAUUUCAGUCUUCAGAUCAUAUCGGUAUUACACUAUUACCUAUAUAUUUAUAGUAGGUUAGGAGCGCAUAAUUCAAUUAUUAUUAUUCCAGCGAUAUUUUUUGUAAGUAUUAGAAAAAAAAAAAUCUUCCUAAAAUAAUUAAAUAACAACAUAUUUAAGCUCUAAAAUAAUAGAAAAACAAACUUACGUAAACAUUGAGUCGUCCAUUGAAACCAGCUAGCUGUGUGCAGACAUGUGGAACAUGGAACAUCAUCGCCGAUUAAACAGCCAAAAUUAAUUUAUCGUAAUCGUGCUUUAAACUGGAAGUAUUGAGAUAUUUUAUGAGAAUUACCUCAAUAGAAUGAAAUAUGCGAGUACAAUACAUUAUGUAUUUAUAGGUUCUCUAAAGUACUGUCCAACUGUCCGUUGAAAUUAUGACAUUAUACAUCGUCUCUAAGAAAUAGCGUUGGUCAUAGAUUAUAUAUAAGUAUAAGUAUAAGUUAAUAAAAGGUCUAUGAAUAAAUCAUAAUAUCUUCUUAUAUAUUUUAGAGAACUCUUUGUGAAAUAAGAUUUUAUGUUUUCUAUUUCAACUGAUUGUGCCAAAUUGAACCUUAAACUAUUAACUGGUCCAUAUACAUUUAUAGAUAUAGAAAAAUCUAUAUUAUUUCAUUUAAAUAUGGUAUACGGAUGGUUACGGAUUAUUUAAUCCAUGAGGAUUUUCCAUGAGCGGCUUUUUGCUACGCAAUUGGAUGGGUGACCAAUUUCAUUUUUCGCUCGUAAAUUGUUUUUUAUUUUUUAUACAAUUAUUGUUUUGUGUUAAAAAUGUAAUACAAAGUGUCUCAUACGUUUUCUAUAAAUUAAGCGAUUUUAUAAACGAUAACAUUCAUAAUUGUGUAUUAUUUAUAUGGUAUGAAAAAUAUUAUUCAUGGUGACGUAAAA